GAGGCGGCCACCGACAGCACGCCCGGCGGCCGGCCGCGGCAGCCGGGCCGGCAGUACAUCCUGCCCCACCGCACGCCGCGCAGCGACGGCCUGCUCAGCUCCGAGCCCAGCCGCGCGUCGAGCGAGGAGGUGGAGGCGGUGAACGAUCCCGAGCUGCAGGAGCAGAUGCGGGCGCUGGAGGACUGGGAGGCCUUUGACGUCUUCAAGCUGGCCCGCCUGACCGACGGCCGGCCGCUGCAGGCGGUGGCGCUGGCGCUGCUGCGCAAGCGGGGCCUGGUGUCGCGCUUGGGCCUGCCCGAGGAGCGGCUGCGCAGCUUCUUGGCGGACGUGGAGGAGGCGUACCACCCGCACAACCCGUACCACAACUCCAUGCACGCGGCAGACGUCACGCAGGCGGUGGGCGCCAUGCUGGCGCUCGACGGCUUUGCCGCGCAGCUGAGUGACCUGGAGCAGCUGGCGGUGAUCCUGGCCGCCGCCAUACACGACGUGGGGCACCCGGGCGUCAACAACGACUUCCUCAUCCGAACGCAGUCCGAGGCGGCCGUCGCCUACAACGACCUGUCCAUCAACGAGAACAUGCACGCCGCCGCCGGCUUCAAGCUGCUGGCCAAGAAGGAGAACAACUUCCUGGCGAGGCUGAGCGAGGAGGACUUCCGCUACUUCCGCCGCCUCGUCAUCCGCAUCAUCCUUAGCACAGACAUGGCGGCGCACCACGACGGCGUGGAGGAGGUUCCCAGCUGCCCCUCUGCGUGUCGCCGCCGCCCAUUCCUGCAGCUGCUGGUGCACGCGGCCGACAUCUCAAACCCGGCGCGCCCGCUGCGGUACUGCUGCCAGUGGGGGCACAAGGUGCACGAGGAAUUCUUCGUGCAGGGCGACAAGGAGGCGGCGUUGGGCCUGCCCGUCUCUUCCAUCUGCGACCGCCGCAAGGCGUCGGUGGCGCAGAGCCAGCUGACGUUUGUGGAGUAUGUGGUGAAGCCCUGCUUCAAGUGCGCAGCCGGCAGGGGCGGGCCAGAGGGCUAG